CUUCCCGCAAAAACUCAAAGCUAGUACAGUAUGUAGUACUAUUUUUGCCCGAAAACGAAACUCCCACUCCCAUUCCCACUCACUACUCAACUCUUCACCUUCCCAAAUCUGCAACGCAUUUUCUAUAUCCUCAAAACCCUAUUCUCACUCUUCUUCUCCCUAACCUUUAACUAAACCGUUUUUCCCUUCGAUUUUCGGUUUUCGUGUAGUGAUCGAUGGACUCACCGGUUGAUUUAUCUCCCGCUAAACGCUCAGCUUCAACUGGAACUUCAUCUGAGGAAGGAGGCAAAAAACUUAGAUUAUCAAGUGGCAGCUUAACACAUUCACAUGUUAAUGCGGUAGAUUACAAAAAUCUACAUGCCAUCUCAGAUCGCAUAGAUUGUUCAGAGAGCAGAAAGUUUGGAAGCGUGACAAAGGAUAUUGAAGCCCUUAUGACCCAAAGAAUGCAAAUAUUGAGCCCUUACUUCUCAAAAUAUCCUAGACUUGCCAAUCCAUUAUUGAAAGCGGUGACAAAUCAUGAUGAAGAGACUCACAACUCAGAAAGUAAGAAAGUUACCAGUAUGUCACAUGAAAAUGUCAUGGGUUUGGAAAGGGGGCACAUUGAAAAGGAUGUUUUGACACCAAGAAAAGAAAUGGAUGUUCCUGCAGCACCAACUGUUGUUAUCAUUGAUUCAGAUGAGGAAGAUGAUAGGGAUCAAAAGUAUUUUCUUCCGUUUCAAAAAGUUGUUUUGCCAAAACCAGUUCAGUCUCCUGCGUUAAAAACGAUCGGCUAUCAUGUUCCCAUUGCUUAUCAUAAAGAAAGUGCCGAUCUGAAAUUUGAAACAAGUCUGCAUGCCAAAGAUAACACACAGAAAUAUAAAGAUGUUUAUGUUGGUGUACAUGAGAAAGUAGAUAAUAAGGUUGAUGCUAAAACAAGUCUGACUCCUAAAGAUAACACAAGAAAAGUUAAAGGUGUUUAUGUUGGUGUACACGAGGAAGACGAUAAUAAGAUUGAUUCUGAAACAAGUUUGUCUCCUAAAAAUGAUACAAGCAAAGAUAAAGGUGUUUAUGUUGGUGCACAUGAGGAAGUAGAUAAUAAGGUUGAUGCUGAAGACGAGAGGCUAGAAGAUGUUUGGAGGGAGAUGUAUAUGGCAAUAGAAACUUCUAAAGAUGUUUCUGCAGAUCAUCCACCCGAAGAAGAAGAAGGAAAAAAAGAUGCUGACUGUGAUCACUCUUUUGUUUUAAAAGACGAUCUGGGUUAUGUUUGUCGCGUUUGUGGGGUUAUUGAUAGAGGAAUUGAAACCAUAUUUGAGUUCCAGUACAAGGUUAAAAGGAGCACAAGAACUUACAUGUCCGAAUCCUGGAAUGGCAAAGCAAAAGAUGAUAUAUUUGAAGCUAAGAUUGCUGAAGAUGAUCUCACGGUAACUGAAAUUUCAGCACAUCCUAGGCAUGCAAAUCAAAUGAAACUGCACCAAGUUGAAGGAUUCAAUUUUCUUGUCAGAAACCUGGUGGGGGACCAUCCCGGGGGAUGCAUUCUGGCUCAUGCUCCAGGAUCUGGAAAGACUUUCAUGAUUAUCAGUUUCAUACAGAGUUUUCUAGGAAAGUAUCCCAGUGCAAGGCCUCUAGUGGUGCUUCCUAAGGGAAUACUGUCGACUUGGAAAAAAGAAUUUCAGACAUGGCAAGUGGAAGAUGUACCACUCUAUGACUUUUACUCUGUGAAGGCUGAAAGUAGAUCACAGCAAUUGGAAGUCUUAAAACAAUGGGUGGAUCACAAGAGUAUCCUUUUCUUAGGAUACAGACAGUUCACUUCCAUUGUCUGUGAUAACUGCAAUAAUAAUGUAUCAAUAUCUUGCCAAGAUAUAUUGCUUAAGGUUCCUUCAAUUCUCAUUUUAGAUGAGGGACACACUCCCAGGAAUGAGAAUACUGAUACGGUGCAGUCCCUUGCAAGAGUACAAACACCAAGAAAAGUUGUACUGUCUGGAACCCUAUAUCAAAAUCAUGUCAAGGAGGUAUUUAAUGUAUUGAACCUUGUUCGCCCAAAGUUUAAAUUGAUGGAAUCGUCCAAGCCUAUUGUCCGGCGCAUUAAGAGUAGGAUCCAUAUACCCGGUGUGAAUGACUUUUGUGAUUUGGUUGAAAACACUUUGCAGAAGGACCCGGAUUUUAAAAGGAAAGUGGCUGUUAUACAUGAUUUGCGGGAGAUGACCAGUAAGGUACUGCACUACUAUAAAGGGGAUUUUCUUGAUGAGCUUCCUGGCCUAGUUGAUUUUACUGUGGUGCUCAAACUUACACCUAGACAGAUGCAUGAACUUGAUAAAGUAAAGAGAAUAUAUGGAAAGUUCAAGAUGUCUUCUGUAGGUAGUGCAGUAUAUCUGCACCCAAAAUUGAAACCAAUUGCAGAGAAAUGUGGUGAAAAUUCUAUAUCUGAUGAUAUAAUUGAUGAUCUAAUAGCGAACCUAGAUGUCAGAGAUGGAGUAAAAUUAAAAUUCUUUCGCAAUAUGCUGAACCUAUGCGAAUCAGCUGGGGAGAAGCUUUUGGUGUUCAGUCAAUAUCUCUUGCCUUUAAAAUGUUUGGAACGUUUAGCUAUGAAAUGGAAAGGCUGGAGUGUUGGCAAAGAAAUUUUUGUAAUUUCAGGAGCAUCAUCCACUGAAGAAAGGGAGUUUUCUAUGGAAAAGUUUAACGGUUUGCCUGAGGCCAAAAUAUUUUUUGGGUCAAUUAGAGCAUGUGGCGAGGGUAUAUCGUUGGUCGGGGCAUCCCGUGUUAUCAUCUUGGAUGUCCAUCUCAACCCCUCUGUUACUCGUCAAGCUAUUGGCCGUGCUUUCCGGCCAGGCCAGAAAAGGAAAGUGUUUGUGUAUCGAUUGAUAGCUGCUGACUCUCCAGAAGAGGAAGACCACAAUACUUGUUUCAAGAAGGAGUUAAUUUCAAAAAUGUGGUUUGAAUGGAAUGAAUAUUGUGGUGACAGAGCUUUUGAAGUUGAGACACUUGAUGUGAAGGAAUGUGGUGAUCUGUUUCUAGAAAGUCCAUUGUUAGGGGAAGAUGUAAAAGCUCUGCAUAAAAGGUAAUCGGUGGCAUUCAGUGAACAGUUUUAGCAUUAAGAGGGACAGAGAAAUGUUUGUAUUGCAGAAAUCUUCUGUUCUAACAUUGCUAUUGCAUAAACUGAUUAGAGAAAUGUUUUAAAAUCAUGUCUGUCUGUCUGGUUUGUUGAGCUACAAAUAGUAUAGUUGUCUGGGUUCAAAAAAAUAGAAGAAAAGCAUGAAAUCAAAUAGAAUGAACAUAAUUUACUAGUUUAAAAUGUUGGAUGCUGAAAUCAAAGCAUCUAAAAUCGAAUAUUAUAUCACAAACUUUAGAUUACUGUUUUGUCUUAA